AUGCCGCAUGGGGAGGGCGCUCACGCCGCCGCACGGGGCGGAGCUCUGGGCCUCGGAGCGGGAAGUGGGCCGGGAAAGGGCGGGGCUCGGCGGGUGGGGGCGGGGCUAGCCCUGUCAGGAGGCGGGGCUUCCCUCCUGGAGGAGGAGCUGUUGCCGGUGGGAGGUGGAGCCUCGGAUUUGGAGCUUGAGGGGGGCGGAGGCCAGGCCCCGGGGGCGGGGCUUCAGCUAGUGAGUGGGGCGGGGCCUCAGCCGGUGAGUGGCGGGUCUGGUCCUGCGGAGGGCGGGGCUAUAGGGCCGGGAGCAGGACUGGGUACCCUAAAGGGCGGAGUCAAGGAGACGGGCGAAGGGCUGGGCGUGGGUAAUGGCCGGGGGCGUCCACGCGGAGGCGGUCUCCGCGGUGGUCGCGCUUGGGGCCGCGGUCGGCCGAGCACUCCUCCAGGAGAGGUGGUAUGGGUGGAGCGGGCCCGGCGGCCGGCCGACUCGGGGCCGGUCUGGGUGCCUCGGAGACCCCCAAGGGCUCAGAGCUGGGGCGGCGCCCCAGGUGGAGGAGCAGGGUCGGCCUGGGGGGUACCGCAGGAGGACCGCCGCUCCCCGGAGCCACCCAGCGGCGACGUGUGGGUGCCUCGGGGCCGACCCCCUGCAGCAGCCGCUGAGGUGUGGGUGUGUUGGGCCGGGGGCAGCUGGGUGUGGCGGGAGUGGGGCCGCCCUGCCCGGGAAGCUGCUGUGCAGCCAGAUCGGGUGUGGACCUUGCGGAAAGGGACUGGUGGGAACUGACAGGAGGUGGGGCCCGGGAGGGAGGGAAGAUCUAGGAGUGACCCCAGGGGCGGGGCUCUGGCUGCUGUGGCCCCCCCUGCCCCCCUGCCCCUGCCGUCCUCAGGCAAGCCCCCUUCUCACUGGACU